AUGGACAAGCAUCAUCAUCAACAGCAGCUGCCCCCACAAAAGACUGCUUCUCAACGCUGCAGCGAAUGGGUCUUUCGAGAUGUUCCGAGCGACAUCGUGAUCGAAGUAGACGGGGCGACAUUUGCAUUACACAAGUUCCCUCUUGUCUCGCGGAGUGGCCGGAUCCGGAAGCUCAUCGCUGAGCACCGUGAGUCCGACGUGUCCCGUAUCGAGCUGUUGGGCCUUCCAGGCGGGCUCGAGUCAUUCGAGCUGGCGGCCCAAUUCUGCUACGGCAUCAACUUCGAGAUCACAGCCUCCAACGCAGCCCGCCUCAUAUGCGUGUCCGACUACCUCGAGAUGACCGACGACUACUCCCCCAACAACCUCGCCUCCCGGGCCGAAGAGUACCUCGACAGUGUGGUCUGCAAGAGCCUGGAAAUGUGCGUCGAGGUCCUCCAAUACUGCGAAAACCUUCUCCCACUAGCAGACGAGCUGCAAAUAGUCUCCCGCUGCGUGGACGCCAUAGCCUCCAAGGCCUGCGUGGAGCAGAUUGCCUCCAGCUUCUCUCGGCUCGAGAGUGCGGUGGCGCUGGGGUGCACAGACGGGUGUAGGGUGGAGCUGGAGCGGAGGAUCGGGGCUCAGCUGGAGAUGGCGACCCUCGAUGACUUACUCAUACCUUCCUUUCAUCACGCGGGAGACACUUUGUUCGAUGUGGAGACGGUUCACAGGAUAAUUGUUAAUUUUGCACAGAUGGAGGUGAGUGAGGAGGAGGAGGAGGAGGAGGAUAUGGAUAUGGAUAUGGAGGAAGGUGGGUCGGGUUUCGGGUCGGACGGCCCGUCCCAGACCUCUCUAUGCACCGUUUCGAAGCUGAUUGAUAGUUACUUGGCGGAAAUUGCGCCUGAUGGGAACCUCAAGCUCACCAUGUUUGUGGCUAUUGCUGAAGCAUUGCCGGCCCACGCGCGUACGGUUCACGACGGGCUUUAUCGUGCAAUUGAUAUUUACCUCAAGGCUCACCAAGGGUUACUGGAGGCGGAGAAACGGAAGCUGUGCAAGCUGAUCGACUUCCAGAAGCUGUCACAGGAGGCCGGGGCCCAUGCAGCCCAGAACGAGCGGCUACCCGUGCAGUCCAUCGUCCAAGUCCUCUACUACGAGCAGCAGAGGCUCAAAAACUCCCUAUUCUACACAGAGGACGAACCAGGUGGGAUGAAGGCCAUGAUGCAGCAGCCCAGCUGGAGGAUCAACAGUGGUGCCCGCAGUGCGGCCAUGUCACCGCGGGACAACUACGCGUCCUUGAGGCGUGAGAAUCGGGACCUAAAGCUGGAGCUGGCGAGGAUGCGGAUGAGGCUGAACGACCUGGAGAAGGAUCACGUGUACAUGAAGAGGAAUUUGGAGAGGUCGGGGUCGAGGAAGCUGAUGAGCUCGUUUUCGAAGAAGUUUAUCAACAUAUUCGGGCAUGGGUCGUCGAGGGGGUCCAUGUCCCCGUCAAGACAGUCGCAGAUGUCGGAGGCCAGGUUCAUGGAGAGGACGUGA